AUGCACUGGCUGCCAAAGGCGCAAACCUCGUACUUCUCGCACGUUCAAAGAUUAGAAGUUGUAACUCAAAAGUUGUCAACUUCGUACCCUGGCACUAAGAUCACCUACCGUGCCGCCGAUGUUGGCAGUUUCGAGAAUGUAGACAAAGCCAUUGCUUCUGCGGUUGAGGAGAUUGGUGAAAUCAAUAUUCUCAUCAACAAUGCCGGUCUUGCCCUUGGAGCUCCCGCCAGGUUCAACGAACUGGAGAUUGAGGAUGUCAUUACAAUGUCCAACACUAAUAUCAACGGUACCAUGUUUGUCACCCACUCAGUUCUCAACAGAUCCAUGAUGAGGCAAAAGCCUGGCAAGGGCAUCAUUCUUAAUGUCACUUCCACCACCGCGCUCGAAGCUCCGCCAUUCCCGGGCGAAGCUGUAUAUCACGCUAGCAAAGCCUUCCAGGAAGGCUUCACAAACUCUCUUCGCAAUGAACUAGCCGAGACCGAUAUCAAGGUCCUAGCGCUUAGGCCGGGUGUCGUCGCAACGCACUUCCACACCCAGCGUGUUGGAUUCGAUAAAGACCAGUAUGGCUCCUUCGUUGAGGGUUACGACCCGCUUGUCGCAGAGGACGUCGCUCAUGCCGCUCUUUACAUGUUGGACCAGCCCGAAAAGAUCUCUAUCAAGGCUUUAGACGUUGUUCCCACGGGUUCGCAAACCUUUUGA